UCAAUGGCUAUACCGCAUUCACUUCCCGUGAUAGCUCGUCAAGUGACUUAACUAUUGAUGAUUUAAUAAGUAAUAAAAUACAAUAAAGGUUCAAAUUAGUAAGGAUGCCACUUGGAGAACAAGUAACAGAAAACAUUCACGUUAUUGAUAUUGAAAACAAUAUAGAUGUAACGAGAAAUUUUAAUGAAGUAGAAAUUCGUCAGAGUGUAGAAGAAAAAUCAAAUCCAAAAGUGAGCGCAGCUUCCAGGGAAAUCUCGAUUGAACAGGCCGUUCAAAAAGUCAGAGAGACCUACAACAGCGGUGUUACUCGAUGCUUAAAAUGGCGCCGAAAGCAACUCCGCAAUCUCUAUCGUAUGUACGAGGAAAAUGCUAAUCUCAUGCUAGACGUGUUGUACCAAGACUUGAGAAGAAGCAAAACUGAAAGCUUACUUCUCGAAAUUGACUACAUGAAGAAUGACCUCAAGCAUGUAUUGUAUAAUUUGGAUUUGUGGACGAAGCCCGAGCGGCCGGACAGGGACUUCGUAAAUUGGCUCGACCAAGUAUUCAUCUACCACGAUCCGUAUGGUGUAGUACUGAUUAUUGGGGCUUGGAACUAUCCUCUGGCGUUGUCAUUGCUACCGAUGGCUGGAGCCAUAGCAGCAGGGAAUGCCGUCAUCGUGAAACCAAGUGAAAUAUCUCCGGCAAGUGCAAGAUUCAUCGUUGAAUAUAUACCGAAGUAUUUGGACAAUGAUGCUGUCAUAAUAAUAGAAGGAGGGCCGCAAGAAACCACAAAAUUAUUGUCACACCGAUUUGAUUACAUAUUUUAUACUGGAAGUACGAAUAUUGGUAAAAUAAUCUAUGCGUCUGCAGCUAAACAUCUAACUCCUGUAACACUAGAGCUUGGAGGCAAAAGUCCUGUAUACAUUGACGACACGGCGGAUCUAGAAAUGACCGUGGAUCGAAUACUCUGGGGUAAAUUCAUAAAUGCCGGUCAGACAUGCAUCGCGCCAGACUACGUUUUGUGCACGAAAGAAAUCCAAGAGAAAUUUAUACAAAAAUCUAAAAGAAUCUUAAAGAAAUGGUUCGGAGACGACCCACAAAAGACGCCAGAUUACAGUAGGAUUGUAAACAAUAGACACUUUAGUCGUCUCCAGGCAGUUUUAGAUGCAAGUAGACAUAAAAUCGCAAUCGGUGGUAAAUAUGAUCCGGGCGAUAAAUUUAUAGAUCUAACUAUCUUAACUAAUGUGGAUGUGAACGACAAAAUUAUGGAAGACGAAAUAUUUGGUCCGCUAUUAGCUAUUUGCGUUGUAAAGGAUAUUAACGAAGCACUAAAAUUCAUUAACGAAAGGGGAAAACCACUUGUCCUGUACGUGUUCUCAAGUAGCGAAAAAGUUCAUAAAAUAUUUGCGUCACACACUAGCAGCGGAUCUAUUUGCUUCAAUGAUACAAUUGUGUUCACUGGAGUACACACAUUACCGUUUGGAGGAGUUGGAUCGAGUGGUAUAGGGACCUACCAUGGAAAAAUGACCUAUGACACUUUUACGCACAGAAAGAGCUGCCUCAAGAGAAAUUUCUUUUCUGUUGGCAAUAAACUGUCGUCUUUGCGUAAUCCACCUUACAAUGAAUGGAAAUUGAGAAUUGCAAGGGAAGUUAUGCGCAAGAAAAACAUUCCUUCUUUUGAUUUCUUUUGGCCGGUCAUCACUUUUGUCAUCGGCUGCAGCAUAACAUAUUACAUGUUAAAUAUGCAAAAGGUCCAGCCGGAGGUUUUGAACGGAACUAAUGCUACAAUCUAUUCAUAAAUCUUAAAUUGUUUAUUAACAAUCACCUUGAUUUACUUCUGCAAUGUUUAAGACUUAACAAAGUAUAUUUAAUAAUUAAUAAAUUAUUUAAUCGUCAC